AUGGCUAAUGAAAAUACUACUCAGAUUUGGGAACAAUUUCUCGACGCCGCAAAGCGUGGGACAAAAAAGGGAGGAAUUCGUGCGUACAAAACAAGCUUAUGCAAGAAUGCCAUCAAACUGUCGGAUAAAUUAUUGGAACAUGGGCCGAUAUACGGAGAUCGAUAUGAUAUUUGGGUGGAAUACUUGGGCAAAGUUUGCACAGUUUUGGAAGCUGAUGAUGGCAUGAUCCAAAGUAUGCAUUUACCUUUAUUUUCAAAGUUACAAUAAUUUUUACAGGAACUGUAAGAGAAUACUUCUUGAGCCUUCAUUCCGGUGAAAUUGCAGAAUUUGCGAUCAAAUUUACGGGUAAUACAGUCCGUUGCAAAAGUAUAGGGCCACCCCUGAAAAUCACCGGCACGUCUUCCCCAGGUAGUAUCAUGCCUCCGCACCUUGAAAAUCGGAUUCAGCAUGAAAAGUUACCUCUGGAAAACAAUUUUGGGGCCAGUACAUUGGGUGCUGAGGCCAUGGUGCUGGAAAAUCUGAAAAAAAAGUGGCUUCUGCAGGCGUUUCAUAAGUAUAGGGCCACCCCCGAAAACACUCUGGAAGCCUCUUAAACUGAUAAACAUGAUCUUGAAUGGGGUUCUUUGCACCUUUAGGAUGUCCAAAAAAAGCCUUUUUGAAAUCAUGUGCAAUGACACCGACGCCACCUAGGGCCACUCUCCCAGGUUUAGCCUAAUGUUCUGUGUGGAGCUCGGGAGUGGAGCCGGGGGACUCCGAGGAUCUCAAAUGAGUCAAAUCUUGUUUGAAACAAGUUUUUUGAGCAUUUUCAAGUCAGCUUCGUUCAGACCUCUCGAUUCGCUAGCACGUGAUAUCAGAUUUUUGACCAAAAUGAAGCCAGGCCCAACAAGGAUCAGACUGGCUUGAGCGUCAAACUCCAGGCUGACAUUGCACACUUAUGGAACUUCAUAAGGAAGGUUUGAAACAUGGAAUGUUUAAGUUUGGUGUCAAUCGGGUCAGUUUCAACCGAGUUAUGAGCUCCCGAUUGUUGAAGUGAAGAAAACCAACAUUUUUCAGUACAUUUCUGUUGAUUUUCUUCACUUCAACAAUCGGGAGCUCAUAACUCGGUUGAAACUGACCCGAUUGACACCAAACUUAAACAUUCCAUGUUUCAAACCUUCCUUAUGAAGUUCCAUAAGUGUGCAAUGUCAGCCUGGAGUUUGACGCUCAAGCCAGUCUGAUCCUUGUUGGGUCUGGCUUCAUUUUGGCCAAAAAUCUGAUAUCACGUGCUAGCGAAUCGAGAGGCCUGAACGAAGCUGACUUGAAAAUGCUCAAAAAACUUGUUUCAAACAAGAUUUGACUCAUUUGAGAUCCUCGGAGUCCCCCGGCUCCACUCCCGAGCUCCACACAGAACAUUAGGCUAAACCUGGGAGAGUGGCCCUAGGUGGCGUCGGUGUCAUUGCACAUGAUUUCAAAAAGGCUUUUUGGACAUCCUAAAGGUGCAAAGAACCCCAUUCAAGAUCAUGUUUAUCAGUUUAAGAGGCUUCCAGAGUGUUUUCGGGGGGUGGCCCUAUACUUAUGAAACGCCUGCAGAAGCCACUUUUUCAGAUUUUCCAGCACCAUGGCCUCAGCACCCAAUGUACUGGCCCCAAAAUUGUUUUCCAGAGGUAACUUUUCAUGCUGAAUCCGAUUUUCAAGGUGCGGAGGCAUGAUACUACCUGGGGAAGACGUGCCGGUGAUUUUCAGGGGUGGCCCUAUACUUUUGCAACGGACUGUAUAAGGUUUAUAUCGAUAUAAACACUAUUUGUUUUUUAAAUUUUUAACACACUCAUCAUGUUUAAAUUUAUCAUUUUUUAAGCUAUAAAAUUUUAAUAAAAUGGGCUAUCAGAUAAAGUCGACGGGACGUCAAUUGGUAAUAUUUGCGACGUCGUCUUAUCUGGACAACAUCAUCGAUUCUAUAUAAAAUGCCACCAAAGAGAUCCGCGCUCAACAUCGUUAUCGAUUGCUAAUCGCUAUAACAGUUUGAAUCGACCAUUCAUUCAAGAGAUGUAUACGUACAAGGUAUUCAAUUGAAUUAAUUGAAUAAAAAUUAAUAUUUUAUUACAUUAUAAUAUCUGUUUUACUUUAUAUUUUUAGCUCUUAUCGCUGAUCUGCGUCGGCGGAGAAGUUCAUUUUCCACUCCCGAUUACCUCACACAUCAAGAAGGCAUUGUACAUAGCCACGGAGGAAGUCACAUUUACGGUGGCAAAAAAGUUGACACUUGAAAGCGCAAAUGUUAACGCUAUGCUCCAAAUUCACUUUCUGCAAUGUAUUUUACGGUUGGGAGAUAUUGGAACAAACGGUGGAAAUUUUGGGCAAAGCGACGAAGGAAAACCUGUUAUUGUGGAUUUUUGGUAAUUUUUGUUUUGUUAAAAAUUCUAAGUAAAUGUAAUCUGUUUUAUUUUAGGAUUGUUUCCAAAGAUGACUACCUGCUUUCCGACGCUGAAAUUGAGGACUUCUGGGAUGAACUUCAGAACUGUAAUUCCCGACUGAUCGCAAAUGUUUUGAAAAAUGUGACAAAAGAAAAGAGAAAAGGAAUGGUCCAACAAGCAGUAGAAAACUGGAACUUGAUGAACCGAAUGGAUGAAGCCAAAAAUUAUGUAGAAGAAUAUGUGAUAAAAAAUGGAGAAAGGAUAGAGGUCACUGGUGAUCUCAAUCGCUACGUUCGGGAUGUCAAAUGUAAUAUUGAUAAAAUGAUUAAGUAA